AUGGGAUUUGGCAGAGGGCAGCUCGUGGCAGCGUUGGUUGGGGUGCGUGUGUGUUUGAUGUUUCAUAAUGUUGUCUCUGCAGAUUAUGGAGCAGCGCUAACAAAAUCACUGUUGUAUUACGAGGGUCAACGAUCAGGAAAGUUGCCUCCCAACCAAAGACUGCAAUGGCGAGCAGAUUCUGGUCUUAAGGACGGUCAAGAUGUCAAUAUUGACCUUGUGGGAGGAUACUACGAUGCUGGAGACAAUCUGAAACUAGGGUUUCCAAUGGCAUUUACAAUAACGAUGCUGUCAUGGAGCACGAUAGAGUUCAGAGACAAACUGGCGGCUAAAAACGAGCUUUCAAAUGCGUUGGCUGCCAUCAAGUGGGGCACUGACUACUUGGUGAAGGCACACAUCCAACCAGACGUUCUGUACGGAGAGGUUGGCGAUGCCGAUUCCGACCAUGCUUGUUGGCAAAGGCCUGAGGACAUGACCACCCCUCGCUCUGCUUUCCGAAUCGACUCCACCCAUCCCGGCUCCGACCUUGCCGCCGAGACCGCCGCAGCCUUCGCCGCCGCCUCCAUAGCCUUCCAACCACUCAACGCCGCAUAUGCAUCCCAACUGCGCUCACUCAUGCAACUCAUGUACCUGUUUGAGUUCGCACGAGACAAGCCAGGCAUUUAUCAGGAUAGCAUCCAAGCAGCAAAGAAAGUAUAUGCCAGCAGCGGAUAUCAGGAUGAAAUGGUGUGGGCGGCCGCAUGGCUUCAUCGUGCGAGCGGAUCGAAGACGUAUUUGGAUUACCUGGCACAGAAUAGUCCCGGUGGCCAAAGAUCUUCCUUCUCCUGGGAUGACAAGUACGUGGGCGCCCAGAUCCUUGUUGCCAAGCUGGUGCUGGAAGGGAAAGUGGAUGGGAAAGGGACGUGGGGAGAUUACAAAAGCCAGGCGGAGAAAUUCAUAUGCUCGUGCGCUCAGAAGGCAGCAGGAGGCAGCAACGUCAAGAAAACUCCCGGCGGUCUCCUCUGGUUUCUGCCUUGGGAUAACCUUCAAUACGUCGCCACUGCUACUUUCUCACUCUCCGUCUACUCCCAGUAUCUCGCCGCUCAUAACGCCAUCGUGCAGUGCGAUGCCGGCACCCUCUCCCCCUCUGAUCUCACCUCCUUUGUCAAGUCGCAGGCUGACUACAUAUUGGGCUCAAACCCCAGGGGAAUGAGUUACAUGGUCGGAUACGGGUCCAAUUACCCGCAGAAGAUCCAUCACAGAGGAGCCUCCAUUGUAUCGGUGAAGAAGGAUCCGUCUCCCGUCACCUGCAAAGGCGGCUAUGCACAGUGGUUUAACAGAAACGAAGCCAACCCUAAUGUGUUGGAGGGAGCAAUGGUCAGCCCUGACUCCGCUGAUCACUACGAUGAUUCCAGGUCCGACUACCGGCUGGCUGAGCCAACCACUGUUACUAAUGCCCCCAUGGUCGGGGUUUUUGCUUUUCUUGCUUAG